AUGCAGCCGCGACCAGGGCGAAACCCAGCUUGUUCUUCUCGCUGCAACGAUUCGCGUGUUGGGGAUAGCCUGCGAAGUAUGAUGAUGCAAGCGAUGCUAGCAAAUGAUUUGAUUGAGCCCAUCGAUUACUCUGAGUGGGUGCAUCCAAUGGUUUGUGUCAUGAAAAAAGACGGUACUGUCCGGAUAUGCAACGAUUUGCAGGCGCUGAACAAACAGAUCGUCGUAGAACGCUUUGUUUUGCCAUCUAAUGAUGAACUCACUGUACGUUUAGCUGGUGCAACUGUUUUUUCCAAACUAGGUUUGAAAAGUGCGUUUUUCCAUAUGCCAUUGGCCGAUGAUUCCAAACACCUAACUGCCUUCCUCGCUCCUGAUGGCCUAUUUCAGUACAAAGUCUUACCCAUGGGUUUGAGUUCCGCGCCCGCCGCCUGGCAAAAGUUCAUGACUCACGCCCUGGCAGGUAUCGAUGGGCAGGUUGCCUACAUGGAUGAUAUUUGUGUUUUCGGCCGCUCACAGGAAGAACAUGAUGCAAGGUUACCCAAAGUCCUCCAGCGCCUCAGUGAUCUCAAUUUGCGUCUGAACGCAGAAAAAUGUCUCUUUAAUGCACCAGAAAUUCAGUUUUUGGGACACGUCAUUUCACGCAGUGGCAUUCGACCAAGUGAUGAAAACAUCAGGGCCAUCUCUGAAGCGCCAACACCCAAAAAUUUGACAGAACUAAAGUCCUUUUUAGGAAUGUGCUUUUACAACCUGCGCUAUCUGCCGGAUUUUGCGACUGUGGCAGAUCCAUUACGACUGUUAACAAAGAAAGGAUCGUCGUUCGUUUGGGGCAGCAAUCAUCAAAAUGCCUUUGAUGAACUGAAAAGGAGAGUUGCGUCUGCUCCCUUAGUUGCCAUUUUUGACGAAUCUUGCCGCACCUUUGUGUCCACUGACGCGUCUGAUAUCGGUCUCGGGGCUGUCCUCUCACAAAUACAAAACAGAGAGGAGAAAGUUAUUGCCUACGCAUCACGAAAGCUAUCAGAUUCCGAACGUCAUUAUUCAGUUGGGGAAAAAGAAGCCCUUGCAUGUGUGUGGGCCUGUGAAAAGUGGCAUUUAUUUCUGUUCGGUCGUCGUUUUAUUCUGCGUACUGAUCAUUCAGCCCUAACAGCUCUUCUCAGCAAUGGAUCUAAAGGAUCUCGCCCAAUGCGAAUCGAUCGCUGGUAUGCCAGGCUGUAUAACUAUGGUUUUGAAAUUGUGUACCGGCCAGGUUUGCAAAAUCAGAUUGCUGACGGCCUAUCUCGCUUACCCGUGGGGUUGGAGGAUGAAAAAGAGAGACUCAGAGAGGCGGUACUAGUUUCCAGUCUCAGAGCUAACCUGUCUGCCUUGACGAUCGAGGAACUACGAAUGAAAAAUUCUAACGAUUCUUUACUGUAUGAGAUUAUUGCAUAUGUGCAGCUGGGCUGGCCCAAGAAUAACAAAAUCCCCGUGCGCAUCGACCGUACGCUUGGCCCGGGCACCUAUCGAUUGGAGAACGGCCUAAUUGUCAACGCGCGUCGACUCCACACAGCUCACGGACCAGCUAAUCAGCCCGACCGAUCCGCGCGCGAAGACCCGGCUGAGUUACCAUUACCACGAAGUCAGCUGCGUCGGUCCGCGAGAACGGUGAAACCUAUUGAUCGCUACGAACCCGGUUGA